UAGAUUAAGAAGUACUGCGUGAAAGUACGAAGCAUGAGGAAAACAAAAAAAUACGUGUAAACCUGGGAGUGAUCUCUACAGAAAUGUUAACUCCGGAGUAAUUCUAGUUAAUUCUAAUUGGCUUACAAGUUCUAUAUGUUUAUUCCGAAUGCAAUAGUUGUGAUACUUCAUUCCCUACCUAUCACUUAGGUGCACACAUGCAUUUCAGAUUGGGGAGGGCAAGCAACUACUGGAAAAAGAAAGCGUCUGCCACUGGUACUUCAGAUAUAAGUAAACAAUUUCAGGAGCUACAUUCUUCUGACAGAAUGCUAGGGACGGUUCCCUUGGGAACUGUGAACGUCACGACUGCAGAAUCCUUCACGUUAGCCCGCCUCUAGGCUGUACCCAUUGGCACACGGCCACCGCGCCGCCAGGAGUCCCGCCGGCGGGCAGCUCCCGCCACCUCCGGGCACUAAGGCGCGCGGGAGCCACCAGCACCACCGAGACCGGCAAAGCACCGCCCCACAUGCGCACAAACACCCGCCAGGCCGCCCGCUCCCACUACGCAAACAACCGCAUCCACAUGCGGACAACACUUUGCGCAUGCGCUCCUUGCCGGCGGGAAGACCCGCGAGCACGUUCCGCCCCAGCGAGACCCAGCGCUCCCCCCCCUCCGCGCGCAUGCGCCAGACGCGCGGUUUCCCUGGCAGCGGGGAUUGUUUUCGGCCAAACCACCUGGGCGGCGUUGCGGAGGGGGGAGCGCUGCGUAAGGGAGAGCACACUGGCGGGGGAGGCGGUGAGGUGCCGCCGAGGCGGACGGGCCCGAUGUCCUGUGAGUGUGUGAGUAGUGUCUAACACAGGCUGUUAUGUAGGAAGAAUUUGGAGUUCUUGCCUGACAUGCUAUUGGAAAGCUUCAAGUCCAUGGACCAGUUGUGUUAAUUAAAAUUGUUAAUUACUUUGGAAAAAAAAAAAAAAAGAUGAAUCCUGAGGAAGAAGCAGCUGUUCUGCUGAACCACCUUUAACUGAGGACUGAAAAUGCCAACAGUUGAAAGUGAGGCAAAGGCAAAAACCAAAGUUCGCUUUGAGGAAAUCUUCAGACGUCAUGCUGGCCUAGCAGACAAAAACAAAUCAAGGAAAAAGAAGUCCCAUUCUCAGGAGAAUAUUGUGCUUGACACUUUCAGAAGUAAUAUCGAUCUAACAAAAGAAAGUGGGAAUGAUGAAGCAAUUAUAAACAACACGUACAAUCCUGAAGAACAGAGUCCCCGAUUUACAAAAAAUAAACUCAGAGAGAAAGCAUCAAUCACAGAGAAAAUAAAUAACGAUGUUGUUAGUGGAGAGGCGAGCAAGCAAACAAAGUCUAACAAGAAGAAAAAGAAAUCAUUGUUACAAGAACAAUUUAAUGAGGAGGAAAAUUUAUGUGAAGCUAAGUUGGAGAGUUUUGAAAAAAAGCUUAAUGAUUUUCCAAAGAAAAAGGCAAAAAGUAAAUCACAAACAGACGUACCUCAUCAAGAAGGUGAUGGGAAGAUUAAAAAUUCCUUCACUGAAGGGAGAAAUGCAAUUGAAUUAGAAGAGGAAGAAGAGCUAAUUCAAGCCUAUCAGUUGCAUGUGGCUGAGAAUGAGGUAAAUGCAAUUAAAAAGAAAAUAAGAAUGAAACUUAAAGAACAGAUGUCUGAAUUUACCUCUGUUCAAAGCGAUGAAGUUGCACUGAGUGAUGAAGUGGGGAAAAAGAAGAAAGAAGUCGCAGUUGUAUGCGAAGCUGAAACAAGUGCAAUGUCCCUUUCUGAGCUGCAGCAUCAUCCAGCAGAAGGUAACAAUGAAAAUCGUUUAUUGGAAAGAGAAUUUGUAUCAGAAGAACAGAACCUGGAGAAAAGCAUGGAAAAACAGAAACCUAAGGCAAAGAAGGUUAAAAAGAAAACCAAAAAAGAAGAUAACACAGGCGUUACUACAGAAAAUGAUGAGGAAAUGAGGACUUCAGAAAUUUCAACUCAGUCUAAAUUUGGUUCUGAUGAUGAUCUUGUGUUGGGAAUUUAUAUCCAUCGAUCUGAUCGACUUAAAACUGAUCUUGUAUCUCAUCCUGUAGUUAAAAUCCAUAUCGUUGAUCAGAAAAGUGGCUUAUAUGUCAAGAAGGAUCAUAGGGAGAGGAAAGUUGUGUCUUACUCUGAGGAAGAGCAAAUCGACCACAUUCUUCCUAUUAUGACGCAGCCGUAUGACUUUAGACAAUUUAAAUCAACAGUCCCAGAAUGGGAAGAACAAGUCAUAUUUAAUGAGCGCUUUAAUUAUUUUAUUCAAAAUACUGAAGAAAGCCCUCAAGUAAUUCUGUUUUUUGAGAUCCUUGAUUUUCUAAGUAUGGAUGAAGUGAAAGUCAACUCUGAUGCACAGAUUCAGGACUGUGGUUCCCGAAAAAUCUGUUGGGCAUUUCUAAAGCUUGUUGGUGCAAAUGGAGUUCUAAACGUUGAUGGAAAACUCCGUCUGCAAUUGUAUUACCCACCUUCAAAGACCAGGUCACAUUCAGACGUUGUUGAAGUUUAUGACUGGUGGGCAAAAUGUCCUAGAAAUCGUUACCCAUCAACUUUAUAUGUUACUGUAAGAGGCAUAAAAUUGCCAGAUCAUGUUGCCCCUUCUUUCCAUUCUAUGGUGGCCGUUCAACAGGAACAAAGUAGUGCAACACUGUGUGAGGUCAAUGGGGAGGGAUCUAAAAAAUCACGUGAAGUCAGUUCUCCAGAGGAGAAAAAAGACCAGCUAAAGUGGUCAAGGCUGCCUGGACAGGCUUGUCGCAUUCCAAACAAACAUCUGUUUUCACUGCGAGGUGGAGAUAUGGGCUGUUUCUGUAUUCGUUUCUCUCAUGAUGGAAGAACCCUGGCAGCAGCAUGUGCAGGAAAGAAUGGCUAUCCCAUUGCUUUGUAUGAAAUUCCUUCUGGACAGUUCCUGAGAGAAUUCUACGGUCACCUUAACAUAGUGUAUGAUCUUUGUUGGUCAAAGGACAGUCAACACCUUCUUACUGCAUCCUCUGAUGGUACUGUCAGAAUGUGGAAGAUUGAAACACAGGUUGCAUCUGCAAAGAAAGUUUUCCCUCAUCCUUCAUUUGUUUACACUGCAAAGUACCACCCAGUUUCUGACUCUUUGGUGGUGACAGGAUGUUACGAUGCUGUAAUUAGAAUAUGGAAUGCCAAUGUGAAAGAAAUCCAUGGGCAACUGCUGCAAGAGCUUGAUGGUCACAAAAGUUUCAUCAACACACUUUGUUUUGAUUCAGAAGGGCUCCACAUGUUCUCAGGAGAUAGUUCAGGAGUGAUAAUAGUUUGGGAUACAUCUGUGAAAGGAAGUUCUCAAUGCCUGUUUCAACACUGGAGAAUUAAUAAAGAAAUAAAAGAAAAUGAUCUUAAAGGAACUCCAAUAAAUCAUUUGGAGGUGCAUCCAAAUGGAAGACGUUUAUUAAUCCAUGCCAAGGACAGUACCCUGAGAAUUACUGAUCUCAGAAUCUUGGCUACAAAGAAAUAUAUAGGUGCUACAAAUUACAGAGAGAAGAUUCACAGCACUUUAACCCCAUGUGGUACAUUUCUUUUUUCUGGAAGCGAAGAUGGAAAAGCAUAUGUAUGGAAUCCAGAGACAGGAGAUCAGGUGGCAAUAUAUUCUGAACUUUCCUUCACAUCUCCACUUCGUGACGUUGCCUUUCAUCCACAUGAACAUAUGGUGUCAUUUUGUGCCUUUGGUCAAAACCAACCAAUACUUGUAUAUAUCUAUGAUUAUAAAGUUGCACAACAAGAAGCUGAACUUGUAAAGGAUCUCAGCUCAUCACUUAGCACAGCUGCACCAAGAGGCCCGCAAAUUAUUAGCAGUUUUUCUGAAAUUCCUAUGCAAAAAAGUUCAAUGAUGUCUCCAGCAGAUCAGUUUGCCAGUGUUGCAAGAACAUCAAUGCGAAUGCAAAAGCUGAAACAAAAACUUGAUUCUGUAAUGACAAGCUCAAAUCUCUUGCUUCCUGCUACAUCAUCGCUGUCGCCGCACUCCAAACUAAGACUGCCGAACACUUUGAGCACGCCACUGAAUCCUCUGUAUUCUUUCUCAGGUAAAAGCGGGUGUUUCAGCGCAGUAGGAAACCCUCUUAGCCGAACACUAUUGGGCAGAAUACAGAUGAGUGAUGACCAUCUAGCUGCACUGGGGGAAAGAGGAGGAAGCAGUGGUCUGCUUGAGCAAGAGACAGUAGUGGCUCUUUAUGACUACACAGCGCAUCGAUCAGAUGAGCUAACCAUCCAUCGCAGUGACAUUAUCCAAGUGUUAUACAAAGAUAAUGAUAACUGGUGGUUUGGCAGCCUAGCAAAUGGACAGCAAGGCUAUUUUCCAGCUAAUUAUGUGGCUGGUGAAAAAGAAUAUGCAGAACAGCCUUCAGGACUAGUAUCAGACUGUGCUCCUCUUCUACCCAAAGGACCUGAAGAAAUAGAGAAAAGUUCCCCGAUACCCCAUAAGAUGUCACCAGUCAUCAGUAAGUCAGGGGACCUGAAAUGCGUCUCAGAGCGUGACACAGAUAGAGACUCACCUGCAACACAAAGCGUAAAGAAAAAGAAGAAAAGGAUACAGAAGAACGAGAUAGAAAAUCAGCCCUACUUAAUGGGUCUCGAUUCUCCUGUAUCAUCAGCUAAUGGUGUUGAAAAUGAACCUACAGCCCAUGGGGUGGAAUUGAAGAGGAAGAAAAGGCCGGUGAGAGGCUCAAACUUAAGCACAAGUGGAAAGACAAAUAGUGCUUUUGAGCCUGAAUGCUAUGAUGUGUAGUCAUCAUUUAAUUCCAAAUACUGGUGUGACAUGCAGUAUACUCUUACAUUUGAAUGCUGCAACUGCAACUUCACUUCUAGGAUUGAAAGAAAGAAAUAACAACAACAAAGAAAUAAAUUAAUCAAAUGCA